AUGGACGAUAUUCGAUCAACAGAGAAAGAUACUCAGCAAGCUAGCUCUUCUGCAGACGAGGAUUCUGGGAAGGUCAUCCCUCUUGACAAUGGAGAAGUUGAGCAAUUCUAUGGCUCCUCUACCACCCAGGCCUACAGACUCAAGUCUGAGUUGGUUGGGCAGUGUAUGGAGGAGAUCGGGAUGGGAAGGUUUCAGUGGAAGCUUUGGGUUGUGACUGGAUUUGGAUGGGUAGUUGACAAUUUUGCAUCUCAAGGGAUCGGCAGUGUUCAACCUCCAAUCCGACAAGAAUUUUCUGGCAUCGUUCAAGUGAGCUAUAGUUCGGUUGCAUAUUACGUUGGUCUCAUCCUGGGCGCAUCAUUCUGGGGCACAUCCAGUGAUCUAAUCGGUCGGCGACCUGCUUUCAACUUCACACUGCUCAUUGCGGGAACCUUUCUUUGUGCUGCGGCGGGGUCCAUGAACUUCAUCGCAUUCAGUGGUCUAUGGGCUGUUGUUGGUACAGCCGCAGGGGGUAAUGUGCCUGUGGAUUGCAUGAUUUUCUUAGAAUUUGUCCCUGGAAGUCAUCAAUAUCUUCUCACGGCUCUUUCGGCUUGGUGGAAUAUGAGCCAGCUAGUGGUAUCGCUGAUAGCCUGGGUGUUCCUGGCUAACUUUAGCUGUCCGACCGACGCAACUCCUGAGACUUGUCGCCGUCAAGAUAAUAUGGGAUGGCGAUAUACACUGAUUGUUCUUGGUGGUCUGGCACUGUGCUUUACUUUCAUUCGACUCUUCAUAUUCAAGCUUCCCGAAACCCCAAGAUACUUACUAUCCCAAGGAAGAGAUGAAGAAGCAGUGGAAGCCGUUAAUUACGUCGCGAGGCAAAAUGGAAAGCCCGAGCCUCUAACAAUUGGAAUGAUGCAAGAAAUCGAUGCCCGGUUAGGCAAUUUAUCUGAGAACGGUGGCGAAGCAGCGAAACUAUCAAAGAAAGAGAUUCUCGCAGAGACUAUGCAAGCCUUUAAAGGUGAACACUUCAGGGCACUCUUCGCAACUCGAAAGCUUUCGCAGCAGACUCUCAUCAUCUGGGCAAUCUGGCUCACAGUUGGUAUUGCUUAUCCACUUUACUUCAAUUUUCUUCCCUCAUACCUCGCCACCAAGUUUACUCAGGACUCUUCCCUCAGUCUAACCUACCGCAACUAUUGUAUCGUGUCAGCUGUUGGGAUUGUGGGACCGCUGUCCGCCGCUGUUGGUGUGAACACAAGGCUCGGUCGUCGAUGGAUGAUGGGAAUCUCGGCCGCAGUCACGGGUGUGUUUCUCUUCGCCUAUGUGGGCGUCAACACCCCUACCUCCAGCCUGGCCUUCUCUUGUGUCACCAGUCUACUAGCAAAUUUUGAGUAUGCUGUGAUGUACGCCUUUACUCCGGAAUCAUUCCCUGCGCCUCAUCGUGGUACUGGCUACGGUACCGCCGCUGCACUUCUCCGCUUGGGCGGACUGGUGGCAAGCCUGAUUUCAUCACAGACGGGCUUCAGUAGUGCUCCGAUCUAUGUGAGUGCCGCUCUUUGGGUGGUGGUCGGUGGAUUGAGUAUUGCAUUGCCUUUUGAAACACAUGGACACGGUGCGUUGUGA